AUGGAGACCAUGCAGCAGAUCAUCUCUGCCGGCGCAAACAUCGUGGACGCAACGGAUCUGAGCCUGGAUGUGUCCCGACUCCGGGCCAGCUUUCCCAAGGCUCACCUCCUCAUCGAUCGCGCCGAGUGGGGCAGGUUCAAGGACAUGAACCUGGCCGUGCUGCUCUCGCAGCUCAAGGACGCCACCUACGACGCCGAGGACCUUCUCCGCGAGCUGGAUGGCCAGCUUCUGCAGCAGAAGACGGAGGCCGCCAACCGAAGUGUCGCAGGUCAACUCUUGGCUUCCAUAUUUAACCGUGCUAGAGUUUGGAUCAGCCGCAGCAAAGCACGAGCAGAGGAUGCCCAGAGUAAGCUCGACAAGGUCAUUGGCGAGAUGGAGGGAGCGCUCAAUUUCAUGGGCCUUAACAUUGAGCCGAGGCAGCUUGGCAAGGCGCCACGCAUGCCAGAGACAAGCUCAGUGCUCAGCGAGUCCCUGGUGUUUGGACGCGACGAAGAGCAGGGCCGGGUGAUCAGUCUGUUGGGCGUGCCAUCAGCCAUGCCUAGAUCGUCUGCCAAGCGAUUGAGAGAGAAGAGUAGGAGAUCAUCUGCCAUGGAGGUUGUUGCUACUGAUCUUACUGUGUUGCCGAUAGUUGGCAUCGGCGGGGUCGGUAAGACUACGCUUGCCCAGCUAGUGUACAAUGACCCAAGGGUUAAAGCACACUUUGACUUGAGAAUUUGGGUUUGUGUAUUUGACCUUUUUGACAUAAAGAGGGUGACCAAAGAGAUUCUGGAACAUACCUCUGCCUCCGCAGAAGCAACCGAUUCACUAGCGAGCUUAAAUGCUCUUCAAGUGGAACUGAGCCAACAGCUGAAAGAAGAGAAGUUUCUUCUUGUCUUGGAUGAUGUAUGGCCCAGCGCGUGUGAGGAAUGGAGGACAUUCUCAGCGCCACUGAGGUAUGGACAUCACGGCAGCAUGGUCCUUGUGACAACUAGAUCUCUACGGGUUGCAGACCUUGUUGCCACCAUUGAGCCUCCCGCAGCAGCUGUAGAACUCCAAGGCCUGCCUACUGACAUAUUUUGGGACUUCUUCAGCAAGUGUGCAUUCGGUAGAGAGUGCCUGCAGUCAUAUCCCCAGCUGCAAGAAAUUGGUCGUGGCAUUGCCUCUAGGCUGUGUGGAUCUCCUCUAGCUGCCAAAACGCUCGGCCGCUUGUUGAAUACGGAGCUCACCGAGCGACACUGGAGGAGUAUCCAGAACAAUGAACUGUGGGAGCUAGCACAGCAAGAUAAUGAGAUAUUACCAGCCCUUCGUCUGAGCUACUUGUAUCUCCCGCAGGAACUAAAAAGAUGCUUUGCACUAUGUUGUAUGUUUCCAAAGGAUUAUAGCUUUGAAAAAGAUGAGAUAGUUGACCUCUGGGCGUCACAGGGCUAUGUUGCACCAGCAGGUAGCAUGCGCCUUGAGGAUGUGGGGAGUAGAUAUUUGAAUGAUUUGAGUAGCCGGUUUCUACUCCAAGCUGAUCCCAAGUUCCCUGGACUAAGUAGAUAUAUAAUGCAUGAUUUGAUCCAUGAUAUGGCACAAUCUGUGUCAAUGGGUGAGUGCUUGUUGAUGCAAGAUUCUAGCAGCUACCAGAGCCUGAGAAGAAUGCCACAAACAGUUCGUCAUAUGUCAAUAGAGGUGGAUAAUGCAGCUCUAAGCAGAAUGACAACAGACCUUGACAAUCUGAAUAAACUGCGUUCUCUUAGGUUUGGAACCAGAUUCGAGGUUGAGAUGAUUUCAUGGUUUAGUCAGCUCUCCAACAUCCUCUUUUUGAGCCUGAAAGGUUGCAAGCUGGUGAAGCUACCUGAGAGCCUUUGUUUCUUGAAUCAUCUUCGCUACCUUGAUAUAUCACAUAGCAGUAUACAGGAAUUCCCCGAGAAAUUCUGGUGCCUUUACAACCUACAAGUGGUUGAUGCCAGCCGUACAAGGUUGCAAACAAUUCACGAGGGAGUAACAAAGCUAGUCAACUUGCGUCGUCUGUCCCUACCGGUGAAGUCUUCUCACGAGCUAUCUAAGAUAAGUGGCAUAGGGAAUCUAUCAUGUCUACGGAACUUGAGCUAUUUUCGGGUUGGAAAUGUGAAUGGACGCAAAAUUGGUGAGUUGAAGGGCAUGAACCAGCUCAGUGGGACACUAUCUAUCAGAUCCAUUGGUAGAGUUCAGAAUAUGGCAGAAGCCGCCGAGGCUAACCUUGUUGACAAGCAAUACCUCGAGGAGUUGGUAUUGGAGUGGAGAGUGCAGGCAUGCGGCUGGAGGAGGUUUGAGAAUGAAGUUCUCGAAGGCCUGCAUCCUCCUUCAAGAAUCCAACGGCUUCGAGUUGAAUGCUUCGGCGGUGAUGUCACUCCAAGCUGGUUCAACCCUGAAAACCUACCAAAUGUGAAAAGUCUGCAACUUUCACGAUGUCAGUCACUGAGAUAUUUAUCAGUCUGUUUUCCUUCCCUCAAUCAGCUGAUACUAUGGGAGGUUGGGAUUGAAGAACUCACAGCUCUUGCCGAUGGCAGCCAUCCCUCCCUUCCAAGCCUAAGUAAUUUACGCCUUUUUAGCUGUCGUAAGCUAACAAAUCUUGAGCACUUCUUGUGCCCGCAGUAUCUGCCAUUCAUCAAAUCAAUUGAGAUUGUGUGGUGUACAAGUCUACUGUCAAUGCCUGUCCACGGAUUCGCAGGGUUUGUUUGCCUUCAGGACCUCAAGAUCCAUUCCUGUUGGAAGCUGGUGUGCCCAAGCGAAGUAAUUGUUUUCCCUCCUUCACUCCAACGACUCUCCAUCUGUUAUUGCGGCGAGCUUGAUAAGUCAUUUCAGCCUGGCUGCUUAGAGAACCUUGCCUCUCUCAGGCUUGUGCAAUUGGAAGGCUGUCACAACGUGGAGGUUGUUCCAUUGAACUCCAGCACAAGUAUCAAAUGUCUGGUUCUUCGUCACUGCUCCGAGUUAUCAUCCAUAGGAGGAUCGCCAACAGCUGUUCUUUCAUCCAUACAACAUGUUGACAUAUCUGAUUGUCCUAAGCUUAUUCAGGUGCAACAGCCGUUGCUAAAUCAGGGGCUAUCGACGCCCAAGGAGAAGGAACUGCACAAAUUUCUACAAUAUACUACAUGGUACUAA